AUUCAUGACUAGUUUAUAAGAAAUUAAGUCAUUUUUUACUAUAUAGAUAAGCCGGCAGCCUAAGGAAGUAACACCGAUCGUAAUAUGUGUAUGAAUUUGGUUACAUAACCUCUUCGGUAACCGCUAACUCAUCCCCACGGUCGUGCGAUCAGUGAAAUUAGUCAAUCAGCUUAUGCGUUACUUUUCAGUCUACAGUGCGGCAACGACGAAGUAGUUAAUUUGGAUCAAAGAACAAUCUCACGAUGUCUGGACUGAUCAGAAAUCUUUCACUUCAGGCUAAGCACUUGGUAAAACAAGGACUCACACAAUCCGCAGUAAACACAAGUAUCCGUAACUUUACCGUUGGCGCCAGGCUGCUCAACGCAUCAGGACCUCAGAUCCAGAAGCCAGCCCCGUCAUUUGCUGGUACCGCAGUAAUCAAUGGAGACUUCAAGGACAUAAAACUAGAAGAUUAUCGAGGAAAAUACGUCGUCUUAUUUUUCUACCCAUUGGACUUCACGUUUGUUUGCCCAACCGAAAUAGUUGCGUUCAGCGACCGAAUGAGUGAAUUUGAAUCGCUCAAUACAGCAGUUAUUGGAGUAUCAACCGACUCUCACUUCAGUCAUUUGGCCUGGAUUAAUACUCCUAGAAAGCAGGGGGGGCUGGGCGGACUUCGUUACCCUUUGCUGAGCGAUUUCAGCAAGCAAAUUUCAGCAAAAUAUAACGUUCUCAUCGAAGAUGCUGGGGUUGCCCUGCGAGGACUCUUCAUCAUCGACAAAGAAGGCAUAUUGCGUCAACUAAGUAUAAAUGAUUUACCCGUUGGCAGAAGUGUUGAUGAAACACUGCGGUUAAUAAAAGCAUUUCAGUUUGUUGAAAAACACGGAGAAGUUUGUCCUGCCAAUUGGCAACCUGAUUCGAAAACAAUUAAGCCUAAUCCUAAAGACAGCAAGCAGUACUUUGAAUCCGUUAAUUAAUAAACUUUGUCAUACUCACACAGACUAUAGAACAGACUAAUAUGGCAAGAAACACUGUAUAGUGGCUUCAUCUGUUUUCUUCUUUGUCCAUUUUCGCCUGAAGGACAGAGAUUUUCUUUGUAAGUGUCGAUCGUACGCUUUAGAUAAAUUACUGUGCAUUACUAUGCACUGAUGCAUUUACAUACAACAUGUUUUAUGAGAUAUUGAGAUUGUAAGAAGCAUUAUUUAUGUAUAAAAAAUUAAAUCAGAAUUAUGAUAAUCGAUAUAAAAUG